AUGUCUCCAGUCGAAAAGCACAAGGAUACCCCCAACGCUCGGCAUCGCUCUUUCAAGGGAUGUUGGACCUGUAAGAAGAAGCGGGUUCAAUGCGAUGAAGUGCGCCCCUCUUGCCAAAGAUGUAGCUUGCGGGGCAUUACCUGUGAGGGAUACGAGAUCAGAUUGCGGUGGGGGGCUGGUAUCGCAUCAAGGGGCAAAUAUUCAGGUGCCGAGAAGCCAGUCAAGGAAUCUAUACCACCUCGGUCGAAGCGAAGAUGGGAUAUGCGAGGGAAGAGGGAAGAGAGCGAGGAGGGAGACAGGCAGGGUCAACCAAUGUUGAUUGCUCAAACUGAAGAAGCGCAGACAGGUUUGGUUGCCGAGCGAGCGACGGUUAAUAUUCUCAACUCAGCAUGGGAACCGACUCAAGCUGAUCAUAUCGCGGCGGUCAAGAAGCAUUUCGAGAUCCCUGUGUCGUUGGCUGCCUUGCCGGGAAUGGAUGCACAUAUGUAUGGGCAGGAAGUUGAGUAUCCGCAGCUUUCGGGACGGCGAAGCAUACUGGCUUAG